CUUCGAAGUGCAUGCAGCCUCCUUCAACAUAAAUCAGUUUAAUUUAUUUUCUUGAAAUAUAACAAUGGUUCAAGAAAUAAAAGUCACCAAUCCUUACUCAAGGUGUGAUUGUAAAAGUGAGUAUAAAGUGGAUGAAGAGAGAAGUAGUAAAUAUCCUUUUGUGGGUGCUCUAUGUAUGAAUGGUGGAGAUGUAGACAACAGUUACACCACCAAGUCUCUUCUUCAGGUUCUUUCUUCUUCUCUACAUAUAGUAUAUGUUUCUAUAAGACAUGCAUACACAAAUUAAAGUAUCAUUUCUUAACAUGUGUUUUAUCUAUGUUUUCAGAAAAGAGUUUUAUCAAUAACCAAUCCGAUCUUAGUUAAAAACACAGAGGAAAUGUUGACAAACUUGGACUUUCCUAAAUGCAUUAAGGUAGCCGAUUUAGGUUGUUCUUCAGGACAAAACACGUUUUUGGCCAUGUCUGAGAUCGUCAACACAAUCAAUGUAUUGUGUCAAAAAUGGAACCAAAGCCGGCCGGAGAUAGAUUGUUGUUUGAAUGAUCUCCCUACUAACGAUUUCAACACAACGUUCAAGUUCAUAACUUUCUUCAACAAGAAACUCACAAGCAACGGAUCGUGCUUCGUCUCUGGAGUCCCUGGUUCCUUUUACUCGAGGCUCUUCCCUCGCAAGAGUCUCCAUUUCAUAUAUUCAAUUUACAGUAUUCAUUUCCUCUCUAAGGUUCCCGAUGGAUUGGAGAAGAACAAGAUGAGUGUGUACAUAACAAGUUCAAGUCCUCUAAGUGAAUACAAGGCUUACUUGAAUCAAUUCAAAAGAGAUUUUACAACAUUUCUAAGAAUGCGUUCUGAAGAGAUGGUACAUAAUGGACGUAUGGUUCUCACACUAAUCGGCAGAAACACUCUAGAUAAUCCAUUGUAUAGGGAUUGUUGUCAUUGUUGGACAUUGUUAUCCAAUUCUCUCCGUGACUUAGUCUUCGAGGGUCUUUUGAGUGCGUCAAAGGUAUAUUCGUUCAAAAUGCCAUUUUAUGAUCCGAAUGAGGAAGAAGUGAAGGAGAUUAUAAGAAAUGAGGGAUCCUUCCAAAUAAAUGACUUGGAGAUGCAUGAAUUUGAUCUCGGCCAUAGUAAGGAGAAAUGUAGCUUACAAUCACACAAAGCUAAAGCAGGGCAAAAAGAAGCUAGUUGUAUACGAGCGGUGACUGAAACAAUGCUCGUAGCUCACUUUGGAGAUGACAUUAUCGAUGCAUUGUUUCACAAGUAUGCACAUCAUGUGUCUCAGCAUGCUAGCUGCAGGGUAAAAACGAGUGUAACUCUAAUAGUUUCACUGGUUCGGAAAUAACUUUUACCAUGGAUUAAUGAUUGAUUAGUGUGUGAUGCAAAGUUUCCUUCAAAAUUAAUACUCAUCGAAUUGUC